AUUUAAAUGAGGGGAGGCAAAGCAAGGACAAGGACUUCCACAGCAGGCAAGGAUAUCACUGGAGAUUUCUCAAACUUAGGAAUUGCAGGUAAAGCUCUAGGAGGCAGACCAACAAAGACACCUACGCACCCUAUUACUCUUCGCGGCCAAGAUAAGAAAAUGAACCCAGUCAUCGGAGUCAACCCUAAUAAGAAUGUUGAAGACGAAUAUAUUCACAAUUUGCAACAGCAAAUGCAUUUCAUGGAACUGGAAAUCAAACUUCUCAAAGAAAAGGUUAUUGAAGACGAUGAAGCUAGCGGAAUCGGGUCUCUGUUCAAUGACGAGAAGUACAGCGAAAUGAGGACUGAGUACCUCAAGAAAAUUGAAGAUAUUGAAAAAGAAAGGAUCCGAAUCUCUGAAGAAGCUUUUAUUUUGGAUGCACAAAUUAAUAUUCUCUCUGGUCAAAAUAAUAAGUUAUCUGACAUCAGAGACAAGGUAGAAGACACCAGAAAAGCCAAAAUUAGGGAGCUUAAAGACAGGCUCUUUCACUUGCUAAAAGAAAGAGAAAGUUUGGAGAAAGAGUUAAUUGCGAUGAACAGAGACUUUGCUGUUCAAUCCAAGAAUAGUUAUGAUUAUAAUAUUCAGCUCAAGAAUGAAGAGGAAGAUGAUGCCCACGCUAAAUAUAGGCAUGACAGAGACCUAGCUCAGGCUGAAGAAAGGUACAAUCAAAAACUAGAAGCUCUCGACAAAGUCAACGCUGCUCUUGAUGAUAUCCAGAAGCAGUUCGAAGCCAACCCUGAAUACCAGGCCAAUCAGGAGACGAUCGACAAAGCCAUCGAAGAUGCCAAGAGCAUGUAUGUUGAAAUGAACUUGCUCAAGAGGCAGGUGGAAGAGAUGAAGCAGGCAGCUGAGCUUUACAAACAGGCUGUUGAAGAUGAGAAGAACCGCAAGAGAAGACUCAUAGACAUUAACAAAAACUUAAAAGCCGAAUCAGAGGCCAAGCAGCAGACUGAAAGAAUGAGGAUGCAAAAACUAAUGAACGAAACCAAAGACCCUGAACUCAGAGAGUACAUGCUUAAUAGCCAGAAGAUCUCUGGUUCGAUAGCUGACUUGGAAGACAACCUUGACAACGAGAAAGACAAGUACGAUAAUUUACAGAACGAAAGGGUGGUCCUGGACAGGAAGACUCUUGAACUUAAUGAAGAGUUAGACAAAAACAAAGGAGUCAAAGAGGGACAUGACGCAGCUAUUCCUGAGUUGAAGACUCAAGUCAAAGACCUUGAAGCAGAAGUCGCUGAGCUUGAGAAACAGCAAAAUGCAGGAAUCACUUUGAACAAAGAAGUCGAAGGAAAAUACAGAAGACUGGCGUGAUCCAACUUAGCUUUGAAAGCUAAGCUUCACUUUUUAUUGUCAAAGGUUGACUACUCUGACAGUGUCAAGGGUCUGAAUUUGGAAGACUUCAGAAAUUUGGUGAGCUCAAACACAAAUGUCAAUGAGAGUAUUGCAAACUUUGUGGAGAGACUUACAGCAACGAAGGAUGAAAUCUACAGGUUUGAAACUGAGGUGGAGGCCAAGGGAGGCACUAUCUAA